AUGCCUUGUCGCUGGAAACGUGCCGUGGGAGGGGGGAGAAGCCCCUCUCUCGCCGCUCCCGAUGGGGUCCCCUGGAGUAGGUGUCUCUACGGCCCUACCGCUCGGGGUGACAAGCGACUGCCCAUCGUGUUGCAGCGAUCCCUCCAGCACUGCCGAUGGCUAGGCGCCUCAGGAAGGCUUUCGAUCUUGCGAGGAGCGCCUUUCGCUCCCGAGGGGGGCCCCCGGGUAGCCGCUCGAUGGCGACCUCUGUGGAAUGCGCGCGCGGCAGAAUCCCAGUCGGCGUCUUCCGAUUUCCUCAGCUGCGGCAACAGCGAGAGGCGGGACCUAAGCACCAGCAGCAGCAGUAGUAAGGACAGGGAUCUCGGGGUAGGAGGCAGCUGCGAAGCAGCCGUGUGCCCUCGGCAGCUGGGAAGAAGGAGGGCAGCAGCACUCCUCAGGAGCACCACCACUGGCUCCAACAGUGAUGGCUUCCCCUGGAAUGAGGAGGGGCUUCCCGCCGCUUUCUGGAGAGUCUCCAAAGGAGCCGCCGCCUCCGGUAGCAGUCACGGCACUGCAUUCCACAGUCCCUCAGAAAUUGUGGGAGGCCGCAAAGACGCCGACGAAGACGCACUCUCUAGGAGGGGUCUUCCAGCAGAGUCGGCGGAGAAUGCAGAGAUGGUGGCAGUCGCAAGACGAAGAAGAAGGUCAAACGCUGCGGCUGCUAAGGCCAGAUGGCUGCUACACUGUCUCGAGGCGCAUCUCGAGCACCGCCAGCGUCGGCAGCGGCUGCAGGUGGCUACUACGCGUUCUCUUCUGUCUGAAGAUGCUGCUGUGUCUGGCCUAGCUGCACUGGGGCAGUAUUUGCCACCCCACCUGCUUGCAGCUGCUGCGGGAGUCGCAGCACGCACUGUGCCUGUGGAGUCGGCGGCAUGGCGACGUGCGGCAGGCGGGGAAGACAUUCUUGAAGAAACAGAAACUGCUGCUGCGGAUGCUGGUACUGCUGCUGCUUCUGCUGCACAAUUAUUGCGCACAGCACGCAUGCGUUUGCACGAGCUGGGGCCUGUACAACUCGCAGGGUUGCUCAAGAGCCUUGCUCGCUGCAACUCCAGCGCGCAGCAGCAGCAGCAACAACAACCACCACAGCAACAGCAACAGCAACAGCAGCAGCAGCCACCGAUGCUGCACUCGGAAGUGCAGCUGCUUCGUCGCUCAGCACUGCCCGCAUUAAGCGCCUCAAUGCACCGUCUCAGGAGCUACCAGGCAAGCCUGGAGGCGCAAGCCGUGGCUUGGUUUGUCCUGCGUCACUGCCAGCACCACAAAACCUUGGCGGUACUGCAGAAGCUGCGAGAGGUUCUGCUAAGUCAGCUUUCACUGCUUUCACACCAGCAGCGACUUCAGCAGCAGUGCCGGGGCCUCUGGCCUGCUCCUUCGCUUCGAGACGCCGCCUCUCUUGCCACUGCUCUGCUGCAAUGCGGCACGCUGGACGGCUAUUUGCUGCAACAGCUGUGGCGGGCAGUUUGCAGGAGCUUCUUGGAAGAUGCUAGAGCGGUAGCGUUAGGCGGGGAGACUUCCUCGCUGUCUGCUGCAGCCGUGCGGUCUGUUGCUGUGCGUGCCCCCCCGGAGAGAGUGGCAGUCGAUGGACGCAGCGUCGCUCCCUCUCAGGCACUCUCUGCCUUUUGUUGCGCAUUGCCACUAGGGGCACUCCCGGAUGCCCUUCAUGCUGCAGGUUCUUCCGUGGACCCCUCCUUUGGAGGUUUCGUCUUCUCCCUUAGCCAGGAUUUCGCUUGGGCAGCAGAGACGCCUCGAGAUCGGUUUGCUGCUGCGCAGCUGCUGCACCUUCUUGCCUCGCUGGCGUCUCCGGCUGCGGCUGUGACCGACACGCCGCUGCUGCAAGCCGUGGCUGCAGCAGUUAGAGCCAGGCUGUUGAAUCCAAGCAACAGCAACAGCAACAGUGCGAGCUGCGGCAGCUCUAACACGAGUUUGCAACUGGCUGUGGCUCAGCACAUUGCGUGCUGCUGGAUCGCUGUCGCGCGUCUGCUGCUAGCGGUGCAGGAGAGCAGAGACCUUGCUGCAGCUGCGGUGUAUCCGCAGUUGCAUCCUGAGGAGGCGCACUGCCUUCUUGCAUUCCGCAACAGCAGCAAAGACAGCCGACUACUGCCCCCCACGGAAGCGUUUGCAAUGUUUUUCGAUGAUGUACUUAAGCCCUCUGCAGCUGUACUGGAAGCACUAGUGGCAGCCGAGGCUGCCGAUCCAAUUGCCAACUUCAAUGCAGCAGAUCCGAUUCGGCAGUCCGCUGAGGAGCAGCUGCAUGCGCGGCUGGUGCGCGAAGCCCAACAGAUGCCGCGUGUUGCUGCUGCUCUGGCUGCUGCCGCCGGCCGAGCGCAAGGCCCUGUGGAACGUCUGGUAUUGGAAGAAGCCGCAGCGAUAGCAGCAGGAGCUGCUGCGAGGGCUCCCCCUUCGCUUCUGAGAAUGUUGCAACAGUCCCACGAUUCCUUGCUGCAGCUGCGCACCGCACUGGCAAAGGACCUUGUGGACCGGACUGAGCCAUCAUCAACAGCAGGAGACAGCCGCAACGAAGCAGCAGCAGCAGCUCGAUCGACAUGUCCAUUGCCAGGGGACCCGCGUGUCGCAGUAGCGUGGGCAUGCGCUGCAGCAGCGGCAAACAGCUGCGAUGCUCCCGCUGCAGCUGUUGAUGCGGCCCUUGUGCUGGCGGAAGAGCACUUGGUUAGAUCUCGCAGGGAGCUCGAGGAGGCGACUGCAGCUGUGGGAACCGCCGCAACAGCAGGUUCAGGACGCGUCGCAGUCAGCCUCCUGCAGCAGCUUGCUGCUAUCGCUACACUGCUGCAUGCACUCAGUGCCUGUGGUGCCCGUCGCCGAGCGACGCUGCACUCGCUGCUUCCGGGGCUUCGCAGGGCCAUCUACACACAGCACCAGUACCAGCAGCAGCAGCGGCAGCAGCAGCAGGAACAAGGCGAGCAAGAGGGGGGCCAUGGAGACAUUGCAUUUAUAUGGCAGUGCUGGGCAGAUAUUUUCUUGUCUCUAGUGGAGUUGCAGGCUACAGAUGCCCUCGGAGUUGCUGCUGCACUGCUGCAUGCGCAGCUAGUGCAGCAAGCCCCUCAUCUCAACGAUCCGGCGUUGUUGCUGCUGCUUCAGGCGCAGCUGCUGCUGUGCUGUGGCUCGCCGCAACCAGAGACUGCUCCGUUAGGCCUGCAGGCUGCUUCUACAACCAGAACAACACUACCGGGACCAACAGAGCUCACCUGCGGCAGCGAUGCUCCAAAGGAUGCGUACAGGGCUCCUUUGUUCUUGCAGUUGAUCGAUCAAGACGGUGGCCAGGCGCAACCGGGUGCUGUACUACGCGGGCUGCUUUUAGAGGCCGAAAGACGCCAGAGGUGUCUUUCGCUCCUGCAGUCUCCGGAGCAGCUCGUGCUUCUGGCCUUUGCGUUGCACUUCUUUGAGGGACUAGACUCUAUGGGUGCUGCUCGCUGCAGCAAGCUACAACAGCUGGCCCGUCGUCUCUCCUGGCGCAGAGAAGCGAUUGUCGCAGCGGCAACUGCCGCCGCGCCUGACACCGCAGCAGCAGUAGCAAGCAUGGAGGGCAACAUGAAACGCAGGCCUUUUUUCUCCAGUGCUUCUCCUUGCCGAUAUCAAGAUGUGCCACUGCUGCUUCCUGCUGCAGCCCGGCAUAGUGGCAGCAGCAGCAGCGGCGUGGCGCUGCAGCUGGGCAACAGUCCAAGGAGCUGGACAGACCGCUGGGUGUGGUUGUUUGCCGCUGAGGCCAUUGCACUGCGUCAUGCUGCAGCUGCCAAAGGUGCUUGCAUACGCGGCAGCAGCAGCGCACUCAGCAGCAGGGAGCAACAUGGGGGUUGGGAGGCCUCUGAAAGUCUGUGUUGCAGCCCCGUGAUUGAGGGGUGGAUUGCUGCAGACGGUUGCGUUGAGGGAGGGGUCUCAGGACCUUCCCCGUCUCCCGGAGAGCAACCUGUGCUCUUUCUGCUUUCCCGGCGGAAUUUCUGGUGA